CCAAACAUAAAUAUAAAUGAGAAUACUUUUCUUCCUAGUACUCUUGUGUGCAGUCUUUGCCGAUAUCAGCCCUAGCCUCAGCGCUGAUGAACAAGACACGCCUUGCCUACAAAACCUCAGAAGAGUCCUGAGUCCUGAAGGCCUUGGUGAUUUAGUGAAAGUUGCUUUAAAUAGCGGCAAGGGUCCAAAUGAACUUGGAGACUUUGAUUCGUGUCACACUGAAGGGCUCGAAUAUGUGAUGCUGAUGCUUGUACUGCAACCUCAGAAUAUACCUGUUGUGAAAAUGGGUUUGUGCAUUCCAGAAGAGUGUUCAAACAAAGCUAGUUUUGAAGAUUUAUCUGCUUUUGUGCAGAGACAAUCUAAACCAUAUAUGCCUCCUGAUAUCGAGAUUGUUGCAACCAUUUCAGUUCCAAGAGAGGUUCUUUCUGAGUCAAUGUCUACUGGAGGAAUCGUUGUUCUUGUUGUAACAGGAUUUAUUGUAUUGCUCUGGUUCCUUGGCAUGCUUAUUAGCUAUACUAAUCUCGGAAAUAAUGGGAACUUCAGAUCAGAUAAGAUUGAGGAUAGAAAGAUGACGUGGGCCCUAGCCCUACAUUCUUGGAAUCCUAUCGUAAACCUCUCGAAGUUGUUCACUGUGAAAGACGGAGGUGAUAAGACAUUGAAUGUACUCAACGGUGUCAGAGUGCUCAGUAUUGGAUGGGUAAUCCUUGGCCAUUCAUUUGCAUUUGUAAUGUUUUCUUCUGUCAAGAAUUCACAGAGCCUCAAAGUCUUGUUCGAGAGUGACUGGUUCUCUCUUGUUCCAGGAGGAUAUUUCGCUGUUGAUACGUUCUUCUUCCUCUCUGGUUUCCUCACAUUCGCUCUAUUGAUAUCAAAAAUGUAUCCAAAGAGAGGAAUGAUUGGGAUUGUAAAUACUCUUCUGAUCUAUUUCCACAGAUAUUACAGGCUCAUCUUCCCAAUGGUGUACAUUCAAUUCUUCACAAUGUAUGUGGUCAGAUAUAUAGGAAGUGGUCCAAUGUAUAGGACUACUUGGGACUGGAUGAAUAAAUCGUGCUUUGCUAACCCCUGGUCCAACUUCCUGUUUAUUGCCAAUUUCCACCCUUGGAGUAUGGGAAGCGCUUGCAUUGGCUGGGUCUGGUACUUGAUGUGUGAUAUGCAGUUCUUCAUUAUCAGUCCGCCGAUUAUUAUUAUCUACUGUCUAAACAGGAGGAUAGGGAAGCUACUUGUUCUUUCAUUGAUUGUUGUGUCAAUGGUCGUUAUGGGAGUCUUGUCACUUGUAUGGGACAUAUCUAUGGAUGGAAAAUCUAGCAAAAAGACUGAUGUGGCAGAUUAUGUAUACAACAAGCCUUGGACCAGAAUGGGCGCUUACUUCGUAGGUGCUCUGUUUGGAAUCUCUUACUUUGAGCUGACUUGUAGGGAGAAAUAUCAGGAACUAUCAGGCACUUUCUUCAAUAAAUGUUAUGAUAUCCUUAAAAACUCACAGAUGGUAUCUGUUCUGGUGUGUCUCUUUGGAGUAGGAGUCACAGCACUGUAUGUUUUCCCUAAUGCAGCAUAUUCAAGAGGAUGUGGUGAUCCAAUAAGCAUGGAAGGAGGAAACUGCUGGCCUUUAUGGCUUUCUUUUCUGUACAACUUCACAGCCAGACCUUUCUUCGUAGCUGCUGUUGGCCUCAUCAUUGUUCCUACUUUUGUGGGAAGGCUUAGGGUUAUUAAAGGAUUCUUGGGAGCUGAGAUGUUUGAAGUGCUAGCCAGACUAAAUUACAUGGUUUACAUGAUCCACUGUGUCGUAAUGAUGCACUUCCUGAAUGACUUGAGAGCCAGUGUCUAUGUUACUUUGACAUCUCAAUGGUUCUUUGCUAUUGGAAGUACUGUCAUUUCUUUUAUUGUCGGGAUUCCGUUGACCCUCAUCUGAGAAGUCCCAUUCAUGAACCUUGAGAAGUAUGUGCUAUUUCCCAAGAAACACAAGUCUCAGGCUGGAAAUAUUCCUGUUGAAGCUCAAUACACAAAGGGUAACGGAAACUCUGAAUUCUACAAGUUGGAAGACCAUGAUGACACAAUGGAAUCAGGAAAGAAACUUUUGGAGAAAUCCUAAAACAUCACGCAACGUAAUGGUACUAAUGAUUCAAUUGGAUC